CCUGGUGACGUGGCGCUUUGCGUACGUAUUGUUGUUCCGCACGGAGUGGAGGGAACGAAAACAAACUGCGGCGAGAGAGAGAGAGAGAGAGUGAGUGAGUGCGCGCGACGGAAUCAUCAACCCCCGCCGCCCUGCAGAGCGCAACCGAGCAGGCGACGAGGAGCACGAGCGCAGCGAGACCUUCUGGAGGAACGUCAUUUUAUCAUGGGUGACGGUGGUUUUGAUCCUUGUGAAUGCAUUUGCUCACAUGAACAUGCUAUGAGAAGCCUGAUCAACUUGCUACGACAGUCACAGUCUUACUGCACAGACAAUGAGUGUCUGCAAGAAUUGCCAGGCCCAACUACCUCCCCUGAUGGUGGAAUGACAGUGUCCAUGAUUAUGAUGGCUUGGGCAGUCAUUGCUCUGGUGCUGUUCCUGAUGAGACCUGCUAGCCUGAGAGGAUCUCCAAAUGGGAAACCAUCUGGGCCACGUAAUAAUCCAAGACAAGAACCCCCAGCACCUCCUGUGGACUAAGCCUUACCAGCCAAAAAAGGCAACCGGGAAUCCAGUUAACCAAAAUGAUGACUAACUGACUAACUCUCAAAAACUCUUGUUUACUGGUGUAUGUUUUUCAAAGAUAUUUUGAACUUAAAGGAGCAAUAUUCUCUCAGUGGCAUUCUUAAUGGUUGAAUAGUUUAUUCUGUAGCCUUAAAAUUAUGAAUUAAACGACAUGUUUUUCAAAAACUAUUCUGAAAAGCAACACUGGUGCUCCUGGAACUUCCACAGAAUAGAUGUUUUGACAGCCAUCUUGAGCAAAUGGGUUACUGCAGUCCUAUGUUUCUCAUAACAGAGCAUUGUGCAAGGAUAGGUGGGAUAAGUUUAUUGUCUCGUUUGUUACUGCACCCAACACUGGCAGGACCAGUUAAAUAAAGGGUUCAUUACCCUCAAAACUGAAAAAUAUUAAUUAACUUUUAUUUGUCAGUUUAUAAAAAUGAUUUUUUUAUUAACCA